AUGGGAGGAAAUUCUAACCAGGAGAGCUAUCGGAUUGGCGAGGGUGUGGGUGAGCUUUCUCAAGACACAAGCAAGUUAAACGAUUUCCAGGCAAUUGUGAAAGAGUCAGAGGUUUCGCUCAAGGAGCACAUCGAGGAAACAGCGGGAGUACACACCCACUUUAUCAUUCAAACCCUACUUGCAAGGCUUGGUAAAUUAUCUCCAAGUGAACCAUUGUCGGUAAGUUUUUAUAUUCUUCAUCAUCUUCUGUUCAGCUGGGACUAAGCCCCAUGCUCCUCAGAAGGAAAACUCCACCACACAAGUCAUUGUUGUGUCUGAUUCAUCAAUAUCCAUCAAGAAAGAGGCCGAUCGCAAUGAAGAAGUCAUGGCCGAUGAAUUGGCUGGAAAUGGGCACCCCGAUGAACCAAAGCCAUUAGCCAGGCAGUCCCGAAAGCGAAAACACGAAAACGAGAGUGAGGUCGAAAUUCAACAUUGGAAAUCACAACUCGCAAUUAUGGAAAAGAAAUACGUGGAAGAAAAGUCUAAGAGCAAAAACUUUCAAAAUGAGAUCCGCGGGUUGGAGCAAAAAAUCACAAAGUUACGUGGCCAAGUCACGAAAUACAAGGCUCUCCUCACGAAAUCAGAUGGGGAUGCUUUCGAGGAAGUGAAGAACUCGAAGAUCGUCCAAGAUUACGCAAGCCUCCGGGACCAGAUUCAACGCAUCGUGGAUAAACACUUUCGCCUAGACCCAGCCUUCGAACCGCAGCUACCAGAGCGAGGUCCCAAAAUGUUUGAAGAUUUUUAUAGACUCUACAAAAACAAGAAUAUUAAUGCUGAGGGUCUGAGAAAAAGGUUUCGUGGCCUAAUCUUUAAAUAUCUUCACAAAAAUAUUUUCACCAAGCCAUUGUUUGGGCUCGACUCUGCAGACAACUUUUCAAUAAGUUUGGCUCUUUUGGAGUCUAAAUGCAGAGAUUCAAAGAAAGGUAAUGCAAGAAUAGAUUUUGUUGUCCAGCUUUCUGACUGCGUCAUCAUAGGUCAAAUAUCAGAAAUCAUUGAGUGGAGAAUUAAAACCAUGAAAUGCAUCUCAAUGCUAGAGGAAACCGACAUUCACUCCUAUAAUUUUGCUAAUAGCGCCUUUCAUUUCCUCUUACCUUUCAUAACCUCCCACCAUGAUGAUGCAGGACUCGAAAGACUCAUGGACCUACUGGUCGGGCUCUUUGAAGACGCCCACAACUUCGCACUUCUCCUUCGACGCAGCAAACACUCUUACAAGGUCGAAAUACAACAUCCCAAUUCCCCAUUCGAUAAAAGUGAAGCCGUUAUCCACCAAGUUGAAACGCAUCUCAGGAACGGAAGUCAACAGCGCGAACUAGUUGGGUAUCUGAUCUUUGGUGCGCUCGCGAAAUUUCCUGAGGACAAUCCAAAUCAUCGAAUUCUUCUUGAAAAGGCGUAUUUGGUCUCCCGCAUCAGUUAG